UGGGCGCGGCCUCUCCGCACUGUCUGAUUCUGUAGACACCACGCCCCUUGCCGGCUGCCCCGCCCUAUCUCCGCCCCCAGCGCCGUCUGACAGUGUCGGGAACGCGCAGCAGAGACAGACACCGACUGACCGGAGACUGGACACAGGGAUUUUGAGACCUUCGCCUCGGUGUGUGGGGCAUCAUGCCAUCAGCUUCUUUGACUCUCGGUCACUGUCAAGAUUACUGAGGAACCCUGAGACUAUCUUGACGCUUGUUUUGAGGGGACCUUAAACCAAAGACGUCCACAAAUGAAUAACCGUAAAGAGGAUAUGGAGAUUCCGUCCCACUACAGGCAACUUCUUCAUGAGCUGAACGAGCAGCGGCAACAUGGAAUCCUCUGUGACGUUUGCGUCAUUGUGGAGGGAAAAGUCUUCAAAGCGCACAAGAACGUCCUGCUGGGUAGCAGCCGGUACUUCAAGACCCUUUACUGUCAAGUACAGAAGACGUCCGAACAGACUACGGUCACCCAGCUGGACAUUGUUACGGCCCAGGGCUUUAAAGCCAUCAUAGACUUCAUGUACUCGGCUCACCUUGCACUAACCAGUAAGAAUGUCAUCGAGGUCAUGUCCGCUGCCAGCUACCUCCAGAUGACGGACAUUGUCCAGGCCUGCCACAGCUUUAUCAAGGCUGCUUUGGACAUAAGCAUAAAAUCUGAGACUUCUGAUGAGCUUGUAGACUAUGACAUGGGUGCCCCCUCCAGCAGUGCUGAGGCCCUGCUGUCUGCCGUGGUGGCCGGGCGUAGUAUUUCACCAUGGCUGGCCAGAAGGACGAGCCCAGCCAACUCAUCAGGAGACUCUGCAAUCGCCAGCUGUCAUGAAGGUGGCAGCAGUUAUGGCAAGGAGGACACCGAACAGAAGGUGGACAGUCAGGAUGAGGUGUCUUCUGUGUGGCCAGGAGACGUGUGCUAUGGACCAAUGCGGAUCAAGGAGGAGCAGGUCUCCCCAACUCAUUAUAUAGGAGUCAACAAAGGGGACCCAGGAAACAUUUACAUAGAGCAAGGGGACGGCUGGCAGCACUCAGGGCGCAGGAAGAACCGCAAGAAUAAAGAGACUGUUAGACAUAUCACACAACAGAUGGUUGAGAACUGCAGAACGGGGUCACCGGAGCCGUCCUUCAUCUCCAGCACACAAUGGCAGUACAGCAACCAGGACAAUUCUGGUGACGAUGUGACUGUGAUAGAGCCGGGCAGCUCUGACAGCCGGGAGGAACGGGUAGACUUGUACUCACAAGAAGAAGAGUCCUUACAAGGUGGCGAACCCAACUACUUACCUCACACACUAGCUCUGGAGAAAGAUGACAAUCACCAACAGGUCACCAGCGUAUCUAACUUGCGUAGUGCACUCCUGAGCAAAAACAGCCUGCUGUCCCUGAAGGCAGAUGUCCUGGGCGAAGAGAGCUCUUUGCUUUUUGAAUACCUGCCCAAAGGUACCCACUCACUCUCUCUGAACGAGUUCACGGUUAUCCGGAAGAAGUUCAAGUGUCCGUACUGCAGCUUCUCUGCCAUGCACCAGUGCAUCCUAAAGAGACACAUGCGAUCACACACGGGGGAGCGGCCAUACCCCUGCGAGAUCUGUGGCAAGAAGUUUACAAGGAGGGAGCACAUGAAGCGCCACACACUGGUCCACAGUAAAGACAAGAAAUAUGUCUGUAAGGUGUGCAACAGAGUCUUCAUGUCUGCAGCCAGCGUUGGUAUCAAGCAUGGCUCCCGGCGACACGGAGUAUGUGUGGACUGUGCAGGGCGUGGGGUGGCCCGGGGGAGCCACUCCCCAGAUGCCAUGUACUCAGGAGAAGGGCACUACCUGGAAGAUGUGGAUGAGCUAAAGGUGGAUGAAGACAUGGGUGGUGAAGAAGAGGAAGACAUCAAGUGGAAAGAUGAGGCGGAGACCUCACAGGACGACGUCAUACUAGAGGACGAUGAGAUUGAGGAUUGCACGCCGGAUGUCAGUCGAGGACCAAUCAAGGAGUUUACUUGGAUUGCGUAGGGUUUAAAAGGAGGGUGGGAAAGAGAUGGGAUCCCCUAGGAAAUCUUUUGGGGGUGAAUGGAGUAAGUUUAGUAUCAUAAGGGGGGAUAAUAGAACCAAAUUCCCCUUCACACCAAUGUGAUAUCACUAGAGGGGCUGGUCAUGUGAUCUCAAAAGGUCCAUGUAUCCUGUCAGACAGUAUCCAGGCGUGUUUUUUUUUUUUUUCCCCUCUCUCGCUUAGGCAGGAAACAGUUAAGUGACAGUCCUGCUGUCCUCAAUGGAAUACAGGAAGGGUGACUAAGUCACCCUUCCACUUGUAUUGUCCACAAUGUACAAAGUCCCGUCUCCUCCGUCUGUCACCUUGCUCCAUAACACAGACCUCCAGGGGGAGUAGCAAGAGACAUUCCUAGCAAGAUGACAAGUUUUUUUUUUUUUUUUUUUUGGCAUCCAAAAUUUUGCCAUGCCCUCCCCCGCAUGUACCCCACCCCUUGCUGCUGGUUUUAGUGCAGAAACACUUUUUUUUUUGUGCAAAGCUGAGGUUUGUAAUAUCUCGUAAUUGCUCAACACAAUCAUUGUUUGAGGUGCUACCACCCAUUAGGACUUUGAUGGGUACAUGACCCCCAUCUAUCCCAUCCAUUGUGUGACCCUGCAUCUCUGUCCUCAAUCUAUAAGCCGGCUCCUGAGCCUUGCAAAAGAGAGCAGGGCAUACAUGCAGGCGGGUACUCUGAGCUCCCUACGGGUACAGCACAUGUCAUAAUAACAGGAAAGGAACAAAAAUCACCGCCCUGGGGAGUCGGCUCUCUCUCUGCCCAUCCCCCAUAAUUACAAAAUAAUUAUAUUACCAGCUCCUUGUUAGAUGCAGAUGGCCCACCACGUGCCGGAGAUUAUACUCUUAUUUAAGGAAGCUCAAAUAGGGACUAAGAGAGAUUGAGGGGGGAGGGAGCCCAAGAUGGCCGCAGCCGCUUUAUCUGCUGUUCCAAGUCUAUUUAUAACCAUUUCCCCUUUGCACAUUUUUUUUUUCUGUAGCCAGUGAGAUCUCCCCCAGACAGCGAGGGGGAGGAAGGAUGUGUGUCUGCAAAUGAGAGGUUCCUAAAAACCACAGCAGGCCCGAAUCAUAGAGCCAGGCAUCCUACCAUGCUGGGACUUGUAGUGGAGCUUCAGGUUCGAUGACUCUAGAACCAAAGUUAACCCUUGGUGUCCUGGGACAUAAUCCCCCUCCUCCUCAUUUGGUAGGAAAGAACAUUCAUACCAGAUCAUACACAAUGCAAAAACUGGAAUUUUUUUUUUUUAUCGUUUGGGGGGAGGGAUGGUAUUCCUCUAAGAUUCUUUGAGUAUUUUGUUGGGGGGUGUUUGUUGCUAUGAGUGCUGCGUGUAUGCUUUUCAUAUAGAUUAUACAUAUAAUAUUUAUUUUACCACCCCUUCCCUUUUUACACACAUUUCCAAAAAUUAUAAACUAAUUUUUUUUUUCCAAGACCGUGCAAUGUUGAUUUUUAAUUUGUUUGAAUAUACUAUAUUAAGAAUUAUUAUUAUUAUAAACUUGUGUUUGUGACAUUGGAGAUGUUUUUAAUAUUUGGGUUGGUGGGUGGGAUCCAGAGACCGGAAUAAAAAGUGUGGGGGAAGGGGGGGGGGGAAGGAAAGGUUUUGGCACUUAAACGUAAGUGUGUCAUUCCUGGUCUCGGCAGUCAAAGGGUAA